CAUUCACAACGCUGUGAUCGCUGUGUUCCAGAGGAAGGAGCUGGGCGAGAAUGAGCUCUACACACUCAAUGAGGGCGUUAGGCAGCUGCUGAAGACAGAGUUGGGGUCCUUCUUUACAGAAUACCUGCAGAACCAGCUUCUGACGAAGGGCAUGGUGAUCCUCAGGGACAAAAUACGCUUCUAUGAAGGUCAGAAACUUCUAGACUCCCUGGCGGAGACUUGGGAUUUCUUCUUCUGUGAUGUCCUCUCCAUGCUGCAGGCUAUUUUCUACCCUGUACAGGGCAAGGAGCCUUCAGUGAGACAGUUGGCCCUACUCCACUUCAGGAACAUCAUCACCCUCAACAUCAAACUGGAGGAUGCUCUCUGUAGACCACGCGCUCGAGUACCACCCUCCAUCACACAGAUGCUGCUCAUCCUACAGGGUGUGCAUGAAUCUAAGGGAGUAACAGAGGACUAUCUGAAGCUGGAGUCUCUGGUGCAGAGGGUGGUGUCUCCGUACCUGGGCACACACGGCCUCUACUCCCACGAUGGGUCCACCUCACACUGCUGUGUGCUAGAGAAGCGUCUGCAGCGGCGUUGGCCCAGUCGUCGUCGGACCCCCCCCGCUAAGAACCCGGUGGUUCGCUCCAAGAGCUACAACGUGCCCAUGCUGACGCCGGUGGCGGAGUACGACCCCGAGGGGGGGGGCACGGGGGGGGGCAGCCUGGGCCUGCGGCGCCACUCCAUCGGAGAGAUGACUUCCUGUCUGGAGGAGAUGACUUCCUGUCUGGAGGAGCCGGGCAGCCAGGCCUCGGAGUCCAGCGCUCUGCUCCGCUCCGACCCGUCGCCUAGCGCCCAGCGCCGGAACGCCGACAGCGCCGGAGAUUCUUCCCCGUCCCCCUCGCUGCUGCCCGACCUCUCGCCGCGGCUCUCGGGGUCCGGCUCCUUCCGUCUGGCCAGUAGGGGGCGUGGCUCUCCGGCGCUGUCCAAUCAGAAGCCUCCGUCCUGCCCCAGCGCCUCGUCCAGCCCCGAGACCGUCGUGGACCAGAUCCUGGACUCCAUGACCUCCGACCCCGACGGCAUCUUCAUCGACUUCCAGCGCUGCUCCAGCUCCUCCAGCUUCGGCCCCGAGAGCCGCCAGAGCGUGGUGUAGCCGCCGCUAGCUGCUAGCUGUUAGCACCACACUCAGAGAUGGUGUAGCCGCCGCUAGCUGCUAGCUGUUAGCACCACACUCAGAGAUGGUGUAGCCGCCGCUAGCUGCUAGCUGUUAGCACCACACUCAGAGAUGGUGUAGCCGCCGCUAGCUGUUAGCACCACACUCAGAGAUGGUGUAGCCGCCGCUAGCUGCUAGCUGUUAGCACCACACUCAGAGAUGGUGUAGCCGCCGCUAGCUGCUAGCUGUUAGCACCACACUCAGAGAUGGUGUAGCCGCCGCUAGCUGCUAGCUGUUAGCACCACACUCAGAGAUGGUGUA